GCAGCAUCUUCAUGUUCCGCUGAAGAAUGAAUGUGGCGGAAGUGCUGUCUCGUGUUUCCGGUGUGGAUGUGUGACUAUAGUGUUCUGGUGGUGUUAUUUUACUCCCGGGUGCUGCGCCGUUCUGGUUGUCGGAGAUGGGACUCUUUGCGGCUCCGGUUCUGUAUCUGCUGGUGGCUGCAGUUCCACCUCUAACGGCCUGGGAGGACCUGGAGCUGUUGGACCUGGUGGAGGAAAUACCCCAAAACUUCUACGACUUCCUGUCCGUUGAGCAGGAAGCCUCAGCUGUAGAGAUAAAGAAGGCUUACCGUCGGAUGUCUUUGAUGCUUCAUCCUGACAAGAACAAAGAGCCGGACGCUGAGACUCAGUUCAGACAGCUUGUUGCCAUCUACGAAGUCCUGAAAGAUGAAGAGAGACGGCGCAGAUAUGACCACAUCCUGGUGAACGGACUUCCUGAUUGGCGGCAGCCUGUCUUUUACUACAGGCGAGUCAGAAAGAUGAGCAACUGUGAGCUUGGCGUCUUGCUUUUUUUCAUCCUGACAGUGGGACAUUACGCCGUCAUUUGGUCCAUGUACCUGGACAAGCAGCUGGAUGAGCUACUCUGUAAAAAGAAGAAGGAAAAGAAAAAGAAAAGCUUUUCUAAACCUGCAGAAGAGCUCAAGAGUCCAAACCAGGAGCGCGUUGAAAGGGUCCAGGAUCGUCCUCAGUGGCAAGACAUCCUCCCUCUGAAGCUGAGUAUCUGGAUUUAUGUCUCUCUCAGAAACCUGCCUCAGACGGUCCAGGAGGUGAAGAACUUCUAUGAGGAGCAACGUCUCCUGGAGCAACAGCAAAGAGAGGAGGAAGCUGAAGCUGAAGUGGUCAUCAGAGAGAAAAGGCCAAAGACCAAGAAAGCCAAGUUGGAUUUCCCAGUUUACCAGACCUCCUCAGAGACAUGUUUCCAGGGCUAUGAGCAGACCUCGUCCAUCGAGGAGAUUGAGGAGCAGAUGGACACCUGGCUGAAGGAGCGCCAGGACACCAAAAGGAAGGUGAACGCAAACAAGGCUGCCGAUUGGUCAGAAGAGGAGCUGAGUUUACUCAGCAGGCUGAUGGUCAAAUUCCCUGGAGGAACUCCAGGACGCUGGGAGAAGAUCACCCAUGAGCUUGGACGAUCUGUGUCUGAGGUGACAUCAAAAGUGAAACAGAUUAAAGACAAUGUGAUCCACACCCCAGGUCUGGUGAAGCUGUCAGAACUUCUACUUCCUAUGAAGUCCAUUUCUGUUGCUGAUGGUGCGAUGACUCAGGUGGGGGGUGGGGACUGUGAAGGACCACAGAAGGAAGAGCCAGUGUUGCAUUGCAGAAACAGGAAGUCCGGUUCUACAGCGGUUGCAGAUGGUGGAGAGGUUAAAGUACGCAGCCGUCGGCAGAGAGACUUUGAUCCAGCAGUGGAGGAGGAGCAGGAGACAGAGCUGCAAGAGAUCAUAGAGAAGGUGGAGCAUAAACAAACCAGGGAGAAGGGGGAGUCAACUGCCUGGACUCAGAACCAACAGAAACUACUAGAACUAGCUCUACAACAAUUUCCCCGAGGAACAGCAGAACGCUGGGAUCGUAUCGCCAAAGUCGUUCCUGGAAGGACCAAGGAGGAGUGCAUUAAUCGGUACAGGGUUCUGGCAGAACUCGUUAAGAAGAGAAAGCAAAACCUCUGACUUCUGCAUGUGACCAGACGGCUGACCUUUGACCUUCCAUUCUUCUGUGCCUUGCCUCUGAUCAUAAUUGGACUGUAUUUAUUAUCUUUCUGUCAGCUGUGCUCUGACUGGAUCUGUUCAUCAAUAAAAUGUUUUUAUUUUCUUCCCUCUGAAGAGACACAGAACAUACACACACACACACACACCUCCUGGUUCUGAAGAUUCAAAUCCAGUGCCAGCUUUCACUAUAUCAAGUCUGGAUUAAAUAAAUGUCUCACAACAAA